AGGGUCCACCUGGACAUCCAGGUAGGGGAACACACCAAUAAUUACCCCGAAAUCGCCGCCAAGGAUAAACUCACCGAGUUGCAGCUCCGGGCUCGGCAGCUCCUGGAUCAAGUGGAACAAAUCCAGAAGGAACAGAACUACCAGAGGUACCGGGAGGAGCGGUUCCGGAUGACGAGUGAGAGCACCAACCAGAGGGUGCUCUGGUGGUCCAUAGCCCAGACCAUCAUCCUCAUCCUCACCGGGAUUUGGCAGAUGAGGCAUCUCAAGAGCUUCUUCGAGGCCAAAAAGCUGGUGUAG